UAUGGACACAUCAUGGAAGAUUGUUUACAAGCAGCGCAGAGAAAGACGUGCCUCGAGCUCAACCGUCAGUGCCGGCGCAGGCUCAACACCUUCUCCUCCUCCCUCACUCAGACCUCUCGACGACAUGAGACACAUCCUAGCCCCUGAGCCUGACUAUGGCGCAGAGACAGCACAGCUCGAGAUGUCCAUGGAUGGUAUUUGGGACUUCAUGAACCAAGUCAGCACAGAAGGCCCCAAUGACUUUCCCAAGACAUCCCAUCUCAAGAUCAUCAUCGACUCAUCAGACUUUGGNUGUCUCUUUCUGGCGACAUUCAAACCCUUUUCCCAGAAGGUCACUCAUCUGAGUAUUCACAUCAAGGGCAACUUUGUCUUCACUCGCUACAACUAUGUCAACCCUGAGAUUUCCAUCCAAGAAGAAGUGCUCGCUGUCAAAGGCAAAGGCAAGGGUCUCGAUCUUGACCUGGGACCUUACAACGCUGCUCCUGUCUCCAACAACGAGAACAAGGCAGGACCCUCACAGAAACCCAAGUUCACUCGCUCAAGCGUGAACUCCACCGCCAACGCUGACUGGAUGCCUUCUUCACUCAACACCUCCGCCGCCGACCCAACCAACAAAGGCCCCUCAUACAUCAACAAGAAAGUCCCUUCUCACUACAUCAACCUUCACAUCUACGANAAAGCCAUUGUCCCAGCCUUGAUCGAUUGCUUCAAAGACCGCACUUCCCCACUCGCCUUCAUCACCAUCCAAGGCGCCAUGGAACUCUCCCUCCGCCGCCACAUCAUCAGCUCCCUAAACCCCUCCUUCAUGUCCUCUUUAAUCCUGCUCGCCGAAGCCGGCUACUCCCUCAACGACUCUGCCCAAACAACACAAGUCCAAGCCUGGGAAGCCAGCACCCCCGAACUCGUGUUUUUGAANAAGGGCAUCCAGGACCCUGAUGACUUUGGCCAGUGNGGAAAGGACAGUAUGCAGAAUGUCAAUAUGCAUUCUUUGGGGGAGUGGGUUGUGCCUUCUGGUAAAGGUGCGAGAGGGGUUUGGGGUUGGAGGGUUGGUGGGCCUAGAGUUAAGGUUUGGAGGGGUCCUAGUGGUGGUUGGCAUGGCAGAGAUGGUAUC